GGCAAGCCUCCUCCGAAGAUGGAAACACGUAUUUUUAGUGUGCUUCUGUUGAGUGUGCGUUUUGGAAUUAAUUUCGCACUACCAGCACAAAAGUUUUCACCGGGGAUUCCUAUAACCCCUAUAGUUGAUGAACAAUCUGGUCUAGUCAGCGGUAUUUUGACUAACCAAGCCAGUACUAACCCUGGCACACAAUAUCAACAGCCGGUUCCCCAAUCGAAUCAAUAUCAACCCGCCGAAGUGAGUACUUUUCCAGUCAACCUACCAGGCACUAACAAUAGAAUAGAAAUACCAACUAAUUCGGCCAUAGGACAACCGACUCAGCAGGUUCAAUUGGUCCCGAGGCCACAACCAACAGUAAUUUAUAUGACCAACAAUAGGCCUUACUAUUCAGCCCCUCAAUACAGUGGACAAUAUGUGUAUCCUAGUGGAAUGGCUGCUCCACCAAGGCCAAGUGGUGGACCCAUAAGUCAAUACAUUUCAAACACUGUCACUAACGUAGCUAACCGUUUACAAUCACCAACGAGCCUCGAAACGAUUUCUACGUUUGGAACACUCGGAACCAUUGGUGCGUUAGGAGCACUGGGAGCUGGAGCUGUACUUUUUGGCUAAACGUUCCCAGUGCUUACGAAUAUUUUUUUGAAAGUUAGUACUAAAAAUGUUAGGAAAAAGUUAGAUUACUAAUCAUAAUAAUCAAACAAAUUGGAAACUACAAUCAUUCACUGGUUCUCAGAAUUUAACAUAAAAAAUGCAAUUUGGCAGUCAUCCUAUGGAGGUCAAAAGAAAAGACCAAUAUACCUAUGUCAGUUAUCCUAAGAUACUCAACCAGGAAAGAUUGGUCUUCUGCUCGACAUAGUAUGGCUGACAAACAAUGGCAUGGCACAACCUCAUACUCACCAAUCGUA